UGGCAAGUGGGAGAGGAGAGGAGGUCCACGUUGCAUGGCUGUGUGUGUCUGGAAGGUGGCACUAACUGAGAGCAAUGGAAGUGGUGGAUGAGACAGAAGCACUGCAGCGCUUCUUUGAAGAGCAAGAGGUAGCUCACUCCAGAAUGACGUACGCAGAAGGUCCCUUCAGGCAAUACAACACAGGACACGAGAUGAACGGAGCCCUCGAUACCUCCAACAUCGACACGAGCAUCCUGGAGGAGUACAUUAGUAAGGAGGACUCCAGUGACAUCUGUUUCCCGGAACUCCCGAUCACGGUCACUUACUCCAACCCGCAGACCUGCAACAGCGGCCCCAACCCCCACAAUGUCCAUGGCACCAUGGCGACCGCUGGUCACGUGACCAGCCCCACUGCAGUUGGCCAUCUUUGUCACCCGGGGGGUCCGGUUGGGGGUGGGGCCAGACACGGGGGUCUCGUGGCUUGUGGCCCGGGGCUCCCCACCCAUGUGACUUGCCCAGCGACCAGUGGGAUGCUGCCCAAAGGCUAUCCCAACCUGUGUAUGAACAGUAACGCACCAGCCAUCAAAUCAGAACCAAAGCCAUCAUACGCACCCGGCACUUUACCUGAAUCUCCGCCCGACUCUGGCUCCGAGCCGUACUCCCCUCAACAGGUGAACGAGUCCCACCUGCUCCGCACCAUGACCCCGGAGCACGUGUGCCACCUGCCCCCACCAUCGCGGCUGGAACCGGGGGCUGGGUCCCACCUGCCGCCCGCUCCCCACUACCCCGGGCUAACUGGGCGUGACCUGUACCUGAAGCCAGAGCUGAUGCCCCCAUACCCGCUGGCCCCCACCGACCUGCUGCCCCCCCAACCGCCACAUGUACUGCAUCAGCUCCUCCAGCACCACCCAGAUGGAAUCCCCAUUCACGCAGCAAAGAAACGGAAACACUCGGACUCUCCUCCCAACACGCUCAACAGCCAGAUGCUGAAUGGCAUCAUCAAACAGGAGCCAGGGCUGACGCAGGACACCGAGAGCCUGAACAGUUCCUACCUGGACCCCAAUUACCAGUGUAUCAAGUGGCAGCCGCACCAGCAGAGCAAGUGGGUCAGUCUGUGCGACAUCAACUGCAAGGAUCUCCCCAGUCCCAGUUAUAGGGUGGACGCUGACAAAGGCUUCAACUUCUCCGUCCCCGACGAUGCCUUCGUCUGCCAGAAAAAGAACCACUUCCAGGUCACGGUGUACGUCGGUAUGAUCGGCGACCCUAAGUACGUGAAGACACCUGACGGGCUGAAACCCAUCGAUUGCUUCUUCCUGAAGCUGCACGGGGUGAAGUUGGAAGCAAUGAACCAGAGCAUCAACAUUGAGCAGUCACAGUCAGACCGCAGCAAGAGGCCCUUCCACCCUGUCACGGUUAACAUCCCUUCUGAUCAGGUCACGAAAGUCACGGUUGGAAGGUUACAUUUCAGUGAGACAACAGCCAACAACAUGAGGAAGAAAGGCAAACCUAACCCAGACCAGAGGUAUUUCAUGUUGGUGGUGGGGUUACAAGUUCAAGCUCAAAACCAGAACCACACGGUGGGGGCUCACGUCUCUGAGCGAAUCAUCGUCAGGAACACGGCACAGGCCUCUAACCCCGGGCAGUUUGAGAGUGACACGGACGUACUGUGGCAGCGAGGCCCGCUCCCUGACACCGUCUUCCACCACGGCCGCGUUGGCAUCAACACCGACCGGCCCGACGAGGCCCUGGUCGUCCAUGGCAAUGUCAAGGUCAUGGGGUCGCUCCUGCACCCGUCAGAUGCCCGAGCAAAAGAGAACAUCCAGGAGGUGGACACGACAGAGCAGCUGCGGAGGAUCACUCAGAUGCGACUGGUUCAGUAUCAGUACAAGCCAGAGUUCGCCUCCUCUGUUGGCCUCGAGGACACAGCAGAGACAGGGGUUAUUGCUCAAGAGGUGCAGGAGAUCAUGCCGGAGGCGGUGAAGGAAUCGGGAGACGUGGUCUGUGCCAACGGAGAGACCAUCGAAAACUUCCUGGUGGUGAACAAGGAGCGUAUCUUUAUGGAGAACGUGGGAGCAGUGAAGGAGUUGUGCAAACUGACUGACAACCUGGAGACUCGCAUCAACCAGCUGGAGACCUGGAGCCGCAAACUGGCCAAACUCAAACGCCUGGACAGCAUGAAGUCCACCGUGAGCGGGGGCACCCUCAGUUUAACAGGAAGCCAUUUCAGUCGGGCAGGAAGUGGACCAUACAAGAAAAGGCCACCAAAGGUUGGCAGUAAGACUCGCUCCAAAUCUCCUGAGCCGGGCUGCCUGAGCCAUCGCUUCCUCCAAGGCACCAUCAUCGCUCUGGUUAUUAUCAUGGCGUUCAGUGUGAUAUCCAUGUCCACUCUGUACGUGUUGAACCUACGGAAUGAGGACGGGACAGAAAGCGAUGGGUCGCUGGGGAACACGGAGCAGUAUUCCACCAGCAACGUCCCCAUCACCCACCCAACCACUUCACUGGGUGGCCACAGUCAGCGCACAGAAGGCUUGACCUCAGUUCCUGACAUCUCUGUCUCUCCUCCUCCUCUCAAUCUGUGCUACACUCCACCAUGUCCAACUGUGUGCUGCUCCCCGAACACCACAGCUCUGCCAGUCAGCAGUGUCCUGACAGCUAUCUCUGUCUCAGUCACUCCACCUUCCACCAGUGACGGCCACUCCACCGCUGACCACACUGGCUUGUCCAUCACCAGCAUCAAAGCCAAGUCCCGAGUGAACGAGAAGGCAAACAGCUAUAGCCGCAGGCAGGAGACCCCCAACUCAGGCUCACAUCACCUCAGCCCCCCGCCUCUGCUCACCAACAUCCACGGGAAGUCUAAGCUGCCCCCGGGAUACUCCAGCACCCAGAACAGCCUGCCCCACAAAGUCCCCCGCAGACACCGCAGGCACACCAGUAACCCCGACUGGUCGGACACGACUUUGAGUGGGAUCCAGAUUGUGGAGAGUAAACUGUCAAUCACACAACGUCACUGCAACUCACUGACUCCCUGCGGGCCGGCCACAUAUAACUUCUUCAUUCCUGUCAGUCAGACCACACCGCUGGAUGCCACCAUCACACUCCAAAUGAACACCUCCUCGCCUCUGGUGGUUUCCCUGUGCAGUGUGAGGCAUGGGGUGCUGUGUGGGCCUGCCUCAACCUCAACCACAGGACACAGCGAGGGCACAGCUCACACACAGGGAACCUCUCACCUCUGGGAGCUGAUGGUGGCUCCCUAUCACCACAUCACCUACCACUUCCGUGUGGCCGACCCGAGCCGAGCUUCCUGUGACAGUGAGAGCAGCUUCGCCGGCCAGACCUUCACUGAUUACAGCCUGAACUUCUACCGCACGUGUCACUGA